GGACGGGACGGCGGAGGGGACCGAGGCCAUGAGCGGCGCCGCGGGCUCGGAGCGAACGGAGGAGCUCGUUGUCCCCCCGGCAAGUCCCCGCCCCCACAGAAAAUCAUCUUGGGGGUACAGACCCCCCUGAAGGAGCCUGAGCCACUUUCCCGCGGGGCACAGAUGCCGGCUCUGGGGCAGGAGGGUGUCCUGCAGGAGCUGCUGCUCGGAGUGGGGCAGUCCCCAGACCCUGGGAUCAGCGAGGAGCAGCAGCAGGCCCGGGAGGAAUGGGAGGCUCUGGAAGAGAUCCAGUCAGGGUUGGGGAGCACCUCAGGAUCGCUCCCUCCUCCGAUUUCCUUCUCUGAGGCGCUGCAGCACUUCCAGAGCGCGGAGCUCUCCGGGAGCCGGGGGAAGGCUCGGGCGCCGCGACGCCGGGGGAUCCUGGGUGCCCUGCUCCGCUGGCUCUGCGGGCCCCCCCGGCUCCAGCCGCAGCUCCGGGAAGAGCAGGAGCUGGCGCUGGCCAUGGCACACUGUGCUCUGGAUGACUCAGAGCGGGUGCACAUGCGGAUCCUGCAGACCAUCUACCAGCAGCUGACACGCUCCAGGCUGGGCUGCCCGCGCUAUGGAGCACACUGGGAGGAGCUGGGCUUCCAGGGUGCGGAUCCCGGGACUGACCUGCGUGGGACGGGCAUGCUGGGGCUGAUGCAGAUCCUCUUCUUUGUGCUGGAUUCCCGGCUGCUGCCUCUGGCACGGGAGAUCUUCCAGCUCUCCCAGCAUGAAACCCAGAAUUUUCCCUUCUGCAUCAUGUCUGUGAACAUCACCCGGAUCGUCAUCCAGGCGCUGCAGGAGGAGCGGCUCUCCCGGGAGUGCAACCGGCGGCAGCAGGUGAUCGGGGUGCUGAACGACCUGUACGCCGCCGCCUUCCUGCGCCUCUCCUGCCUCUGGAAGCAGCAGCACGGCACUGUCACCAACGCCAGCUUCUUCCUCAAGGAGCUGGAAUUAUCCACCAAAAAGAAGCCGAGGCAGCUGCUGAAAUCCCUGGAAGCCUACCUGAGCUGCAGCCUUCGGCCUCCCUCCCCUCCCUCCUCCCAGAUCCACUUCAGCAGCAUUUGUGACGCUGGGGUGGAGCUGGAGGGAGAUUCCCGACUGAUCUGACCCAGAGUGGGACACUGCACAGAGAAUCCUGCUGGUGGAUCAGCCCUUGGAGGGAGACACACCGGUGUUUGCCCUGGUUUGAGGUUUGGGAAGGGCUGGGAGAGGUCAUGGAGCUGGGAUUUUGCCUGCUCCAGGUGGAACUCUCUGGAAGCACAGGAGGAGGAGGUGGUGGAGCAGGGCAUUCCAUGAGCCAUCCGGCCUGGCACUGGGAUAGUCCCUCUCCAUCCAAAUCCAGGGUCCCACCUGGGUCCUUACCCUCCCCAGGUGGAGCUGGAAGGUGGUGCUGUGUUCCUGGAUCCCAUCCUGGCCCCAGCAGUGCCUUUGGGCUGGGGCAGACCCCCCAGGGUCCCUGUGGGGUGUCAGCACUCAAAAAAGUUAUUAAAGCGGGGGAGAUGAGGGAUCUGGUGAAAAGAGUGUUUUGGAUUUGCCACUGGACUCUGUGUCUGAGGCAAGGAAAGGCACACUGGGGUUGCCCUGAGUCCACUUUGGGGUGAAAAAGGUGCUGUGGAAGAGAGAAAUGAGGGUUGAGAGCUCCGAGGAGGAGGGCAAGGGUUAUUUCCUCUGGGAGCAGCUUAGGGCCUAUGCUGGGAGUGUUCCCAGGCCCCUAAAAAUGGGGAGGAGCAGCCCCCAAAGUCCAAAUCUGGAGAGAAAUGAGGGAUUUGGAGGAGAGAAGUGGGAGCUGGAGGGAGAAUGGAGUGUUGUGGCCCUAGCCCCCCUGAAAGGGCAAUGAUUCCUGGGGCUGGGAACGCUUCUGGAUGGAAAAAAAUAAAAUAAAUGGAGAAAAAGGAGCCUGAA